UAGAACACUAAAUGUAAAUUUUUAAUGCGAGCGAGUUGCUCAAAACAAUCCAUGAUAUUAAUUUAGUUUGAAGCCGUACUCGCUAGCGCUAGUUAUCAUUUUAUAAGUAGUUUAUUCAGUUUUCAACUAUGACAUGAUUGAAUAAAAACAAUUCUGAAAUUCAAUUUGCAUUUAAUUAUAAAAGAUUUUAUAAGUACAUCAUCACAGUUUUUAUAAACACAUAUAAUUGUGACCUGCAAAAUGGUUUGCCAGUAGUGGAUUCAUCUGCUACUAAAUCCAAUGUUAACAUUAUUGUCUUAACCUUCAAGAAAUUCCACUUUUCAUAAAUAGUGGGGACCUACGUUCAAAGAAGGUGUUGAUUAUUUAAUUAAAUAUAUCGCAUUUCAGAAAUUGGUCUAUACUUAACAAUACUUAAACGGCAUGUGUUUAAUAAUACCUUCUCUGUAAAAUUAAUAGUAUAAGAAUAAUUUUAAAAAGUGCAACCAAAUGGGUACCAGAUUAAGUUUAUUUUUUGAAUUGGUAAUUUUUUAUUGUUUUAGUACUUGUAUUUUUUGUCAAAUGAUACAUUUUGAAAAAGGUGAUGAUUCGUUAAAUUAUGAAUGCAAAGGAAAUAAAUUAACAUGUAAGAUUCUUAGUGAAUGUACAGCAGUGCAUCAACUAAUUAAACAAGGAAAAAAUCCAAAGAUAUGCAAGUUUGUUGGUUUAGAACCAAUGGUAUGUUGUCCAACAGAUAAUCUAUCUAAUACUAGAUAUGAAACAAAACAAUCAAUCUUCGAAGAAAAGUGCAAUGAGUAUAUUCAAUAUUCCCGUGAUUACAAAAAUAAUCCAGUUACAAUGAACUCUGACAACAAUUUUUUUCAUGUAACAGUUGUUGGCGGCAAAAACGCAAAUCCGAAGGAAUUUCCUCAUAUGGCAUUGAUUGGAUACGGAAAAACAUUAGAAAGUGUUAGGUGGUCUUGUGGUGGUUCAUUGAUAAGUCAUAGAUGGAUCUUGAGUGCUGCACAUUGUGAAAAAUUAAAUUCAUUAUCAGCUCGGUGGGUUCGUCUUGGCGAUCUUGACAUAGAAUCAGAUACUGACGAUGCACAACCCGUAAACUAUGACAUAAUUCGGCGCGUAGUGCAUCCAGAUUUCAAACCACCUUCUAGAUAUAACGAUAUUGCAUUGUUCUACUUAGAUAAAGAUGUUGAUUUUUCAGAAUAUAUUCUACCACUAUGUCUUAAUGCAAAUCAUCAAUUAUACAUGACAAAUCUAAUUGCUACAGGCUGGGGAUUGACAUCCACUGGUGGCCCACCAAGCUCCCAUUUGCAAAAAGUUGAUUUGGAUUUAAUAUCAAUGGACAAAUGUAAGGCAAGUUAUGGUAUAACCAAAUUACUCAAUAUUGGAAUACAUAAUGAAAGCCAAUUAUGUGCUGGAUCAGAAACUGAAGAAAAAGAUACUUGUCAAGGUGACUCUGGAGGUCCAUUACAAAUUGUUCAUCCUAAAUAUAAGCAAAUGUACGUUCAAGUCGGAAUAACUUCUUUUGGAGAAUUUUGUGCAGAUAAAGAAAAAGCAGGAGUAUACACUAAAAUUUUGCAUUACUUACCAUGGAUAGAAAAAAUAGUUUGGCCUUCAUCCAAUGCAUUUCUUUGAGUUAAAAUAAGACUUUGUUUUAAAAAUCAGUAAUGAAAAUAAACUUUUCAUUAUACUUUUAUUA